AUGCAACCAAAUCACUGCGACCUGCUGGGUCAGGUGCGCGAGCCUAGAGCCGCAAGUCGGAUGACGCGUGUUGGCCAUCAGCCGCUUCGAGAUAACGGUCAGCCCCAGCCAUCCGGUGCGGCGCCCAUGAGAUCAGAGGACUCUUGGAUCGAUGUCUCCUCGCAACCGUCCUCUUCGUCUUUCUCUUCCGCUGCCACGAACGAAGAUAUAAUUACCACCGGCUUACAGGUCGAGCAUGGCGAAGGGGGAGCACACCGGCGCCGCAAUCGGCGACGCCGUCUACAACAUCUUGCUGCUAUCACCACAGCCCAGGUGGACUAUGCAUCGCGCGAUGCCAGCCAAGCCAGUAGCAGUCAAGAGGAAUAUGAGGAGAGCGAAAGCGAGUCUGAUCGCGUUCUCAGCAGCUCAAAUGAAGAUAUGAUCCCCCCAACGCUCCCAGCUGCAAUAUCUGCGCCACCCUCCUCAGGUUCAGAUGCUGCCUCCAGCGAUGAUGAGGAUGAUACUUCUACUGCCCUAGGGAUGGGCAUCAGCCCAUCGCCUUUCGUACCUCAACCAAACAUAUUCACACACCCACCAGCAAGGUCAGAACCCGGAUGGACUGCGCGACGCUCUCAACCCAAUUUCCCGUCUACCUCUAGUCACCGUGCCUCUCGAAGAGGAUCUUACCCUAGCCCACAAUCAUCGCGGAGAACUCAAUACCAACACAGCCCUUACAAUAUGAUCUCUCCUUCUCAUCAUGCCGACCACGAUGCCGCCCUUCGUGCCAGCCUAUCAACACUUCUUUCAUGUGCGGCUGCCGCCAGAGGCCUUCCAAAGAAUGAUAAUCGACCGUCACCUACCCCGGCUGCUCCAUCUGGAGGCGGGCAACCCGCUUCAUUCCGGCUAGUGGGUGCAUCAGUUGCUAUGGGAGAGGAGAGCAGCGACGAAGAGACCUCAUCCUCGCCGCGGUAUCCAGAAUCAAGUCCAUCAAUAGGAGCACCACAGAGACACGUAAGAGCGCCAGCGGUGUCAUCUGACCCAGCUUCAUCCAAAGCAAAGCGUCGUUCAAGUUCCCCUAAAGACCGUGGUACUGCCUCGAAGAAGAGUCGUCGCGUGAGCAUGACAGAUCCAAGGGCGACUGUCAGCCCCACGAUCAUGACAUGGGUCAUCAGCGCCGGGGUUGUCGUUCUAUUCUCUGCAAUCAGCUUUUCGGCGGGGUAUAUGAUCGGCCGUGAGGUCGGGCGAGCUGAGGUGGGAAUGAUGGGAGAUGGUGUUCCUGGCCCUCGGCCAUCAGUAGGGUGUGGCCAAGAAGCGGUCCGCGGCGGACUCCGAAAACUGCGUUGGGGAUCUGCGGCUGCAGGAUCUGCCAGUCUUGCAUCAAUGUAA